CGAAACAGACGGCAUGCGCCAGCACGGAGUCCCUGAUUGCUAGUGAGCAUCAGUGGACAACGGUACUCCAAGGCAUGAUCUUUGUGCCUACGGAAACGCAGGCGGAGCCGACACAGGCGGAGGCAGAGAGAAGUAACCUGGCUACCGUGAUGUUGAACGUAAUGAGGGGAGUAAUGUGGAACAACAAACUACUGCAGGCACACCUGCACGCGGAACGACAGCAAAAACAGCAGUACCAGCAAGACCUGGCCGCUGUAACGGCCGGCGUCCGCAACGCAGCAAUGCAGCAGCAGCAACUGCAACAGCUGAUGAACUCUGCCAUCGCACGUAUCAACGGCAUUGAGGCCAAGGCCUCAGCAGCGCCAGGCUGCACGACGGACGCGACGAAGCAAAUCAACGAACGCAUCGAUCACGUCGUCACCAUCAUCGGCGACAUAGGUGUUUUCAACGGACCGGACACGAUCAGCAGCACGGUGGCCGCCAUCAAGACGGACAUCACCAAGCUACAGACGAGACUGGACGCCGCUACAAAKAYGUUCAAGAUGCCGCACUUCGACAUCUGCAAGUUCGACGACUACAACAAGUCGGACGCUUUGACAUGGUGGCAACGUUUCCUCACGGAAGCGUCAUGCCGCACUGUCCCGGCGAACGACAUGUUGAAGGCACUCUAUUUGCAACUGAUUGGAGGAGCGCAGGCAUGGAUGAACCACCUGGCGGCCACCCACAAGUGCACCAUCACCGAACUCCACACGCACAUCACGUGGAAGGAGUUCGAGCAGAUAUGGUUCACCCGGUUCAUGGUCCGCAACGUCGUGAAGGCGGCCAUGAAUGAGGUGUACACAUGCUCUCAAGGGAACAUGCCAACUCGAGACUGGACAACGAAGUGGCAAAAAAUAGUGACCACACCAAGCUUCGACUUGACGUUUCCAAAUCAACGAUCCGAGUUCUUCUCGCGAUCAUGCGCGGGAUUGCGGUCGGCACUCGGUAAUGAGUACGACUAUACCACAUUCCAGGGCAUUCUGGAUCGAGCGAACUUGGUCAUCCAAACGGACGACAAGGCCGCUAACGAGAGACAAUCCCAGCCGCAUUAUGUGGCUAACCAGGCCUAUCAACGUCCGGCACAUAACAAUGCCGUGAUUUCUGAGGAAACCGAUGACCACCACGCUGCAGCAACAUCCUCGGGUGAUGGAGGAAUUGUCGCAGCGCUCCCGCCGAAGCGUCCCAAGAGAGUUCGUAAGAACAAGGUGACACAAGAGACGGCAGCGACGGGAGCUGGGCAGCCAUGGACGGCAUAUAAGAUCACCAAGGAGGUCUAUGACCUACGUCAGAACGUCCUCAUCUACCUUGAUGAUAUCUUGGUUUAUAGUAGGACGUUGGACGAGCACAUCGUACACCUUCGCGUUGUUUUGAAUCGUUUGCGACUAGCCAAGUACAAAGCGAAUCUCGACAAGUGCGAAUUUGUCAGGCAAGAGCUUGAGUACUUGGGCCAUUUUGUCACGCCGAAAGGCAUUCGUCCCUUAGCGGACAAGAUCCAAGCCAUCGUGGAUUGGCCGGAACCCCGUUGCACGACGGAUGUACGCUCUUUCAUGGGUUUGGCUGGAUAUUAUCAGCGAUUCGUCGAGUCAUACUCGAAAGUCGCCGCUCCUUUGUCGAGACUUCAGUCCCCGAAGGUGCCCUUCGAGUUCGACGACGCAGCCCGUGGCGCGUUCAGUACGUUGAAGGCAGCAAUGCAAGCCGCACCUGCCCUCCGUAUAUACGACCCCACCCACCCAAGUGACUACGGACGCUUCGGGAUACGGUAUUGGUGCGGUGUUGGAACAGUGUCACGAGGACGGUUGGCAUCCGGUUGAGUAUUUCUCCCAAAAGGUGUCUCUCGUCAACACUCUCGACGACGCUAGUAAGAAAGAGCUACUUGCGUUCGUCACCGUUCUCAAACGGUGGCGCCACUUUCUUCUUGGCCGGCGGCGUUUCAAAUGGAAUACGGACAACAAUCCGUUGACCUUUUAUAAAACGCAAGACACGGUCACUAGCACGAUCGGUCGAUGGAUGUAUUACAUCGACCAGUUCGAUUUUGACCCAUGCCACAUUCCCGGUCCUGCCAAUCGAGCUGCGGACGCCCUCUCAUGACGGCCCGACUUUUGUGCCAUUGUGACCACGACAUUCGACCUCGAUGACGAUCUGCAGCAGCAUUUCCUCAAAGGCUACAAGUCCGAUCCGACUUACUCUACGCUUUACGCGGAGCUUUCAUCGG